CUUCUCCCUCGAACCAUGAAUCGCUCUCUGCCUCUCAUCGCCCUCUUCUCUCUCGCCUUCGCCUUCGCCUUCGCCUUCGUCUUCGUCUCGGCCGGCGCUUCGUCGGAGGUCGACGGCGAUCCGCUGCUGAUCCGGCAAGUCGUGGACGACGCCGCCGCGGAUGGCGGCGACCUCUCGGCCGAUCAUCGCCACUUCUCGCUCUUCAAGAGACGCUUCGGCAAGUCGUACUCCUCCCAGGAAGAGCACGAUCGCCGAUUCGAGGUGUUCAGGGAUAACCUGCGCCGGGCGAGGCGGCACCAGGAGCUCGAUCCCUCGGCGGUCCACGGCGUCACCCGGUUCUCCGACCUGACGCCCUCCGAGUUCGAGAGGAGUCAUUUGGGGAUCAGGAGUGGGCUUCGGUUGCCGAAGGAUGCGAAUCAGGCGCCGCUUCUGCCGACCGAUGAUCUGCCCGAGGAUUUCGAUUGGAGAGAUCACGGAGCUGUCACCAAUGUCAAAAAUCAAGGCUCGUGUGGAUCAUGCUGGAGUUUCAGCACGACAGGAGCACUGGAAGGCGCGCACUACCUUGCUACUGGAGAACUAGUUAGCCUCAGCGAGCAACAACUUGUGGAUUGUGAUCAUGAGUGUGAUCCAGAUGAACCUGGUUCAUGUGACUCUGGAUGCAAUGGUGGAUUGAUGAACAGUGCUUUUGAGUACACUCUUAAAGCAGGUGGGCUCAUGCGAGAGGGCGACUACCCCUAUACUGGCACUGAUCGUGGAACUUGCAAAUUCGACAAAUCCAAGAUUGCUGCAUCCGUGGCCAACUUCAGCGUUGUUUCCCUUGAUGAAGAUCAAAUUGCAGCAAAUCUUGUGAAGAAUGGGCCACUUGCCGUGGGCAUCAACGCUGUGUUCAUGCAGACAUACAUCGGAGGGGUUUCAUGCCCAUUCAUAUGCUCCAAGAGAUUGGACCAUGGGGUGUUGUUGGUUGGGUAUGGUUCUGCAGGUUAUGCUCCCAUUAGGAUGAAGGAUAAGCCGUACUGGAUCAUAAAGAACUCAUGGGGAGAGAACUGGGGAGAGAAUGGAUACUAUAAAAUCUGCAGGGGCCGCAAUCCGUGUGGAGUAGACUCAUUGGUCUCUACCGUGGCAGCUGUUCAGACCACCCCUGGCUCCCACUAGCCUCUGAGCUAGAGGUACUUGCCUUGUAAAUAAGGAUGGCAAUUACAACAUUUGUCAAGCUGUAGUAGUUUUAAAUUAUAGUGUGCCAAUCUGAUGUUGUCUAGGAAAAAGAAAAUGUUACUUUCUGCUUCGAGGGUGGGUCUGAUCUGAAGUUCCGAAAGUGUGAGUGUCAAAAUGUUGUAAAAUUUAGCUUUAUGAUCUGCUCUACCAAAUUUGUAUUGGUCGGGAUUGGAUCCCAUUCAA